AUGGGCUCCUCAACAUCCAAAGCAGCCCAGAGCGGUGCGCGCAAGUUCCCAACCAGAGCCCCCGGAGCAGCAGCACCACCACCACCGCCGCCGCGCCCGUCAAGAACCCGUCCGGCACCGCCGCCGCCCCGGGCUCAAGCCUCAUUUACCAAAGACGAAGCGAUCCGCGCCGACUCCAUCAACCCGGGCGCGACCCCCGACUCCGACUACGGCGCCAGCCCGGCCUUCUCGGCGCGCCUCCGGCGCAUGGGCGUGGCGCAACCGAACCCGACCUUCUCGCCCUCGUCGACAGCAGCAUCAUCAUCGCCGCCACCACCACCACCACCGUCGUCGUCGUCCCAUCCCGGCCCGGGGUCUUUCCCCCCCGCGGCCGAAAACGCAACCCUCGGCGUCCUCGAGUCGCGCCGGCGCCUGCAGGAGAGCGCGGAUAGGGAGUUCCUGUCCGGCGGUGGGGGCAGGGAGGGGAGGGAGUUCCUCGACGUGGGGACUAUUCGGGACGCGCUUGUGCUGCGGCAGAGGGGGGUCGCGGCUGGGGAUAUCGAGGCGAGGUUGGGGCUUCGGAGGGGGGUUGUGGGGAGGUUUGGGGCGCCGGGGGUGGUGGUGAGUGUGGUGGGUGGGGAGACAGCGUGA